AUGUUUGGCAUUAAAAAUCGAUCAUCUAUCAUUCUUACAUCAAGACAAUCAAUGACAGAACAACAACUUUAUUUAGAAUCAAUAGAAUGUGAUCCAACAAAGGCAAGUUCUUACUUUAACCUUGCAAAUAUACUUUCAAAUGGUGAAUCAAUUACACUUAAUGAUGGACAAUCAAUGACAAAACAACAACUAUUCUUGAAAUCAAUAGAAUGUGAUCCCACCGAUUCCAGUUCAUAUUUUAACCUUGCAAUGACACUUUCAAAAUGUGAUCCAACCGAUUCCGAUUCAUAUUUUAACCUUGCAACUACACUUUCAAGAGGUGAAUCAAUCACAUUUAAUGAUGGACAAUCAAUGACAGAACAACAACUAUACUUAAAGGUAAUAGAAUAUGAUCCAACCUAUUCAUAUUCAUAUAAUAGCCUUGCAAAUACACUUUCAAGUGGUGAAUCAAUCACACUUAAAAAUGGUCAAUCAAUGACAGAACAACAAUUAUACUUGAAAUCAAUAGAAUGUGAUCCAACAGAUUCUGAUUCAUAUUUUAACCUUGCAACUACACUUUCAAUUGGUGAAUCAAUCACACUUAAUGAUGGACAAUCAAUGACAAAACAACAACUAUACUUGAAAUCAAUAGAAUAUGAUCCCAUCGAUUCAAGUUCAUAUGUUAACCUUGCAACAACACUUUCAAUUGGUGAAUCAAUCACUCUCAAUGAUGGACGAUCAAUAACAGAACGUCAAUUAUACUUGACAGCAAUAGAAUAUGAUCCAUGUAAUUCCAAUUCUUAUUAUAACUUUGCACUUUUACUUUCAAAAGAUGAAUCAAUCACACUUAAUGAUGGACAAUCAAUGACAAAGCAACAACUAUACUUAAAGGUAAUAGAAUGUGAUCCAACCUAUUCAUAUUCAUAUAAUAGCCUUGCAAAUACACUUUCAAUUGGUGAAUCAAUCACACUUAAUGAUGGACAAUCAAUGACAAAACAACAACUAUACUUAAAAUCAAUAGAAUUUAAUCCAACGAAUUCAAAUUCAUAUAAUAACCUUGCAAAUACACUUUCAAGUGGUGAAUCAAUCACACUUAAUAAUGGACGAUCAAUGACACAACAACAAUUAUACUUAAAAGCAAUAGAAUGUGAUCCAACAAAGGCAGGUUCUUACUUUAACCUUGCAAAUACACUUUCAAUUGGUGAAUCAAUCACACUUAAUGAUGGACAAUCAAUGACAGAACAACAACUAUACUUGAAAUCAAUAGAAUAUGAUCCAACCCAUUCUCUUUCAUAUUAUGAUCUUGCAAGAACACUUUCAAUUGGUGAAUCAAUCACACUUAAUGAUGGACAAUCAAUGACAAAACAACAACUAUACUUGAAAUCAAUAGAAUGUGAUCCAACAUAUUCAUGUUCAUAUCAUAACCUUGCAGGAAUACUUUCAAAAGAUGAAUCAAUCACACUUAAUAAUGGACAAUCAAUCACAAAGCAACAAUUAUACUUAAAAGCAAUAGAAUGUGAUCCAACCAAUUCAUAUUCAUUUUUUGACAUUGCAACAACACUAUCUCUCUAUGAAACAAUACCACUGCAGAAUGGUGUUCGAAUGACAAAACAACAACUAUUAUUGGAAUCACUAAGAUUAAAUGAUAAACAAAGAUUGGCUUACAAAUAUAUAGGAUUAACACUUUUAAACAACAAGCAAACGAUAACACUUCCAAACGGUGAACAAAUGACAAGAAGACAACUACUUCAAAAAGCAAGAGAAUAA